AGCAAAUUACCUGCCCAAGGUGAAGGGCUCGUGCAGGUGAGGCGUGGAGGUAAAUGGCGGCUCUCGACGUGGAUGGCACGUUUCACCAUAGCAACAAUAGACGCGGUCUUUUCUUUAAAUAAAGUUGCACUUACCAGUUAUUAUUGAUAAUCUACGAUGUCAGAAAAAACGCCUUUAUUACACUACCGACUGACCACCAGCGGCGAACCGCCUGAUGGAUCUAAACGCGCCGGGGUCAGAGGAGGGGUACACCCCGGACGACCCAAGGAUAGGGCGGCUCAGAAGCUCGGGGUGCUGUUUGGAGUCGUCAUUCCAACUUUACUGUCCAUGUUCAGCGUUGUUGUGUUCCUGCGGAUUGGAUUUGUUGUGGGCCAAGCAGGGCUGUACCAUUCUAUUGCCAUGCUCCUGGUGGCUUACUUCAUCAUCACAAUGACGGUGCUCUCCGUCUGUGCAAUCUCCACCAAUGGGGCUCUAGAUGCUGGAGGUGCCUACUACAUGAUCAGCCGAGCCCUGGGUCCAGAGUUUGGUGGCAGCAUUGGGAUCAUGUUUUUCCUUGCCAACAUUUGCAGCAGUGCUCUCUACAUUUUGGGUUUGGUCGAGGCUAUUACAUCUACCUUCGGGGUCCCAGAAGAGGGUGCUGCAGCUGCUGCAGGUCACCAUCACGUGCUGCCGUCAGGAUACUGGUGGUCUCUGCUUUAUGGCACCGCCCUGCUUUUCCUGUGUUUCAUUGUGUGUCUGGUGGGAGCCCACAUCUAUGCAAAAGCCACCUUCGUUAUCUUCAUCGUAGUCAUGACAGUCCUGGCUUCGAUCUUCAUUAGUUUCUUCAUUGUGGGGCCCACCGUGGUGACUUUGCCACAUACGUCUGCAGUGAACACCACCAGCAUGAGCACUGCCAAUUAUACUGGCUUCAGGCUACACACGCUGGAGGGAAACCUGUUCCCCGCCUACACGGUGGACUACACCACUGGUGCCAUGAUGAGUUUUGCCAGAGUAUUUGCGGUCAUGUUCAACGGCUGCACUGGAAUCAUGGCAGGGUCCAACAUGUCAGGUGAUCUGAAAAACCCUGGCUAUUCCAUCCCGAGAGGAACUCUUGCCGCUGUUCUUACAACUUUCAUCACAUACAAUGUGCUGAGUCUGCUGGCGGCGUGGUCCUGUGACCGUUAUCUUCUCCAAAGAGACUACAGCUUCCUGGGGGACAUUAAUAUAUUGCCACCAAUGGUCACAGUCGGCAUUUACUCCUCGGCCCUGUCUGCAGCAAUGAGUAACCUUAUUGGAGCCUCCAGGGUGCUGUACGCCCUGUCCAAAGAUGACCUGUUUGGUGGUGCUCUGGCAAGGAAAACCUCUCAAAGUGGAAACCCCUGGGUCUCGGUGCUUGUCUCUUGGUUGCUUGUGCAGAUGGUGCUAUUUGCUGGUAAAUUGAACACCAUUGCUGGUAUUGUAGCCAUCUUCUUCUUGUUGGUGUAUGCUGCUGUGAACCUGGCCUGUUUGGCUCUCGAAUGGGCUUCUGCACCAAACUUCAGACCGUCGUUCCGUUUCUUUACAUGGCACACCUGCACUCUGGGCAUCCUUGGCUGCCUCAUCAUGAUAUUUUUGAUCAAUGCAAUUUAUGCAUUUGCCAGCAUAGCCUUUAUGCUGCUACUCUUGAUGCUUAUCCACUACCUGGGGCCCAUCAGCAACUGGGGCUACAUCAGCCAGGCCCUCAUCUUCCACCAGGUGCGUAAGUACUUAUUGAUGCUGGAUGUGCGAAAGGACCAUGUUAAGUUCUGGAGGCCCCAGGUGCUUCUGAUGGUUGCAAACCCUCGCAGCUGUACAGGCCUCAUGACUUUCAUUAAUGAUCUGAAGAAGAGCGGCCUCUAUGUGCUUGGACACGUAAAGCUCGGUUUGCUGGAUGAGCUGCCCUCUGAUCCUUUGCAGAGUCGAUAUGACUCCUGGCUCUGUUUAGUGGAUCAUCUGAAAAUCAAAGCGUUUGUCAACCUGACCCUGGCCGACUCCGUCCGACACGGCGUUCAGAAUUUGCUUUUCAUCUCUGGCUUUGGUGGAAUGAGGCCCAACACCCUUGUCUUGGGUUUCUAUGAUGACUGCACUCCUCAAGACCACCUCCAAGGUCAUAUUCUCCUGUCUACAGGCCAUAGCUUUGAUACAGUCUGUUCAACCAAAGAUCCUGGAGCGCAACGCUCUCCCUUCUUUCCCAGUCUGCGGGGUGCUGAGGACCCCAAAGACCUCCAGGAAGAGGAAUACGUGUCUGUGAUUGCUGAUGCUGUAAAAAUGGGAAAGAAUGUGACUCUGGCUCGGUAUUUCGACCAGUUCAACCGGGACAGAGUGUUAGGGACAGGAAGAAAGAUCAGAGGUGUGGCCGGGCCAUUCAUUGAUGUGUGGCCUAUGAAUCUUCUUCAGCCGGACAGCCAUGGUUAUGUUGGCAUCUGCUCAUUGUUUCUUCUCCAGCUGGCUUGCGUGCUUCACGAUUCCCGUGCCUGGAACCAGGCGAGAGUCCGACUCUUCUUGUGCAUGGAGGCUGGCUACAGUCUGCAAGAAAAGGAGGAAGCAAAGCUCCAGGGUAUGCUUAGGGAUCUAAGGAUCUCAGCUCAGGUGCAGAUGGUGGCUUGGGAUGAGGUGGUGGUGCUGCACUGGCAGAGGCAAAGAGAAAGGGCCGAACAGAAUGAGGAAGAUGAGAGAGAAGACUGUAACCAGACAUAUCCCAAUAAUGCCUCUCAACUUACAGAUGAGUACAUCUGUGCGGUCAACGAUAUGAUUUGCCGUCAUGGUGUCCCUCAGCCAGCUGUGCGUUUCUUGUAUUUGCCACACCCCACAGCUGAUAGAAGCCGUUACCGUGCCUACCUGCACCAGGUGGACCUGUUGAGUCGAAACCUUGGGCCGACAUUGCUCGUGCACGGAGUCACUCCUGUGGUUACAACUGACAUCUAGAAUUUUCCUGACUCUUAGUCAUCAACUAGCAGAAUCUAGUAUCGUUCAUGGAUGGGGCUGUGCCUGUUGCCUCCCGAUUUAUUAACAUGUUAGAGCCGUCAACCACAGUAUCACAAACGAUAAAAACAUUGAUGCCGCAAAUCUCAGUUUUAAACUUUAAUCAAACAUGAAUGUUACACACACACCUAUUUUUUCCCCACUAAUACACCAACGAACAUGAGUGCUUUAGGGAGCUGAGCCUAUCCCUUUGAAACUGAGAUUAGGCCAUAGUGGCAUUAAGAAAAUUAAUCUGCACUUUUUUGUGUGAGAGGAGAUGAUUGUAUUAGUAGACGGCUGAUUAUAUAUUGAUGUAUUAGAUUCUCAUUUAUUUGCUAAAAUAUUGCUGCCACAGUUGGGUGUAAUCUUGCUAUUGUGUGCUUUAAAUUUGGCACAGAUUUAUAGAAAAAUAAAUGAUUGUAUUACCUGAA